AUGUUUACAGCUUCGGUGUGGUGGCAAUGGAGAUCGUUAGCGGGAAGAGCAAUGCAAAGUAAGUACGCCAGGCGUUUGUGUUGCAAAAGAAAAAGGGAUUUCGCGGAGAUUCUGGAUCCGAGGCUGGAACUGGAAGGAGUGUUCGAUGUGAUGGAGGCUACUGAGAGAAUGAUCAAGGGUAUCGCCUUUAUGUACCAACAAUGCCCCGGCACUAAGGCCGAGCAUGUCGGAAGUUGUGAAGAUGCUGGAAGGUGAGACUGAGAUAGAACAGAUAAUCUCAGACCCUGGGCGUAUACGGAACAGAUGCUGGAAGUUGUGAAGAAUUAACAUUUCGAUCCAUGAUUUUGACAUUCGUUUUCUCUAUAUAACAAAAUUUUAAUUAUGUUUAGCAAUAGUUUAGUAUUGUUUAUUAUGG